UAUCCAGGUCAAUAUUUGUCGUAAACAAAGUAGACAUGAAGUGUCCUGUUGAUGCUAAUGUGUCUGCAGACAUGGCUCACUUUCCACACCCGCACAACUCCCGCUCGGACGACUUCUCUGAUUUCAUGUGGAUGGAAGACAUGGAGAACUUUGAUCGACAGGUUAUAGAUGAGCUCUGGGAGCAGGAGUUCAUGGAGCACUGCCUGGACGAGAUGCUGCAGGAGGAAGAGCGUGGUUGGCAGCCGCCACCGCCACCGCCGCCGCCGAACACCGUCGCAAACUACAUGGGCUUCGAGCAGCAGAUGAACCGACUCAAUGUCGCCGACGACGCACCGCCCACCAGCGCUCCCUGGCGGGCGAACGGCGCCGCACCGCUGUGUGGCUCGGGCCCACCGCCCGUCUCCGGCGGCCCGGCGGCGCGCUCUGGCGAGUGGUCGAGCCGGUCGGGCGGCGAGUCGUGCGAGCAAAACGGGCAACCGGCGUGUGGCGGCGACGCGCCCAUCAAUGUAACGCAGCCAGUAGGGGGCGCCAGGAGCACGAGGACGGAAGCUCCGUCGAUGUCGCUUAAUAACACUGGCCUCAACCCAUUUGCGAAAGAAUUUGUGCCGCGCUGGGAGACAAGCGACAGAUAGAGACGUUCGCAUCGCGCGGCGCGACGGCGCACGCGCGAAACGUGUCGAUACUUCCUACGAACGACGGCCGUACUGCUCUGCCGCGUUGUCGUCGCUGUGGAGGCCUCUUCGCCACGGUAACAGGGUACAGGUUGUAAAUAUAUUGUAAUGAGAGAAAAAAACUGUACGAGCGCCCCCUCCUUUCCCCGUGCACUUCAAUCUUGCGUGAGCCCUUACUGCUCUCGCUAUCUGCCACCCCUUUUCUGUGUUCCCCUUGGUUUCCCUCACCACUUUCGUGUUCCGCACAGCCUUGUUAGACUCUCUGAUAGACUUGGUUGGUCCCAGCUUUUGUAAUUUUUUCGCUGCCUAGCUAGAGUCUGCUUCCCCGUCGCCACCUCCGGCAAAGUCGAUCUCUCUCAACGUCUUUUCAGUGCUAUACUGUUUCUUCGUGUGGCAUGCAUGGUACAUGUCAGAUGCCUCUGGUGGCAUCGUUAAAACCUUGGCAUAUGCACGUAAGCUGAGGACUCUGUCAUGUGUGCGUUGAUGUCGCGCGCCGUGUUGGUCAUCUUAACAGAGUCGAGUGACUGAAAUGUUUAAGCGAACAUCCGAGUCGCUCUGCCACAGCUCUCUGCUGCAUCUUGCCUUCAUCUACUCACUCAAUUCCAUUCUACACCAUGAGAUUUAAAAGGGUAGGAACACGGCUAGAACUUUGCAGCCGUUAAGAAUGCAUAUGCUGUAUAAAGUGUGUGUGUUUGUAUGUGAUUUCAUAACUGCUGUUCGGAUUCGAUUAUGAAUUGGUUUGAUGCAGAUUUGCAGCAUUUCUUCGUUAUUUCCACCGGUUCUUGCCAUACGCAUAGGUUGCUUAGAUUAUUUUUUAUAUCCCGGGCAGUAUAUUACAGAUUUCCUGUAACCGAGACGUCAUCGGGCAAUACUGUAGCGUAUGCAUCGUAUUUGACCAUUAUUCUACGAUUUGAAUUGGGAGGUUGUACAAUGAAAUACGUAGAUUCCCAUGUAUAUUAAAUUAUAUAUGUAAUAUAUUUGCUUCUGCAAUGAUGUCGGAUGUAUUCACUCGGACAGAGCAAAUUGUAUCAGACUAUUUGGACUAGUUAAUAUGUGGAAAUAUCUCGGAUGGGUAUUUGCGACAGGAAACGACAACGAUGACGCGCGACGUUAACCCCAUCCGUUUCGGAGAAGUUUUCUGUUUUGUCGCAGGAUUCCGUCGUGUGCGUAUUAGGACUUCUUUUCGCAUGUCGUGUGCGUAUAUGGUGCGUAUUAGGACUUCUUUUCGCACGUCGUGUGCUGGUAGGCGUGCAGCGCGUUUCGUCAUGUUACGGGUAUGUCGCUCCGACGUCUCGUUCAAUUACCAAUUUCCGCCAGUCGUCCGUUAACGAUCGCCGUGCGCUCGUUAACGCCCGACUAAUAUUCCGCUUAUUAAAAAGUGAUUGUUGAUUGAAGUGGCGUCUGUGUCUCUGACCACCACCAAUCUUACAUUUGGCACCGCGCCCACCCGGGUCCUUGAACCUGAUUCCGUCGCAGUCUUAUUUUAGUUCAUGCCUCUCAGAGAAAGAGAGAGAGAGAGAGAGUCUUGCAUUAGGGGAAAACAUGCUGCGAUCAAUAAAGAAAAAAAGCAAUGAUAUUUACAUUUACCGUGCAAGUGGGCAAGGUGUUGACACUAUGCGACGUAUCUAUUGCGCUCUAUUUCGGUUAGAGCGAACAUGCUUGAUACGUGAGCAAGAGUAAUUUGUGAUAGUUGUAGAGCGGCCGAGCGUUCAUAAACCAAAAAGUCGGUACAGAAAAAGUAUUAAAGUAACCAUUUAAAGUCUUUCAAAAAAGUAUAAAAAAUUGUGUUUGUAGAAAAAAAGCUUUCCAAAAAAAUUUCUCUUACGUUCAGUUUAUAAGCUGUGCAGUGUAGAACGGUUCUAGGUUUUCGGUGUAUGUUAUACAUAAUUUAACUACUCUUCAGGGAUUUACGUAGGACGGCUAUUUCUCAUUUUUUCCUGUAUUAAC